AGAAGGUGUGACGCAUGGAGAGGAUUUAGGUUUGACUGCAGAGACAUGAGGUCACUUAAUGUCUCAUGAGGACGUCCAGAAGACAGGUGAGGGCAGACGUUCAGGACUCACCAUGUCUGAUGGGGAUUAUGAUUACCUCAUCAAAUUCUUAGCCCUCGGUGACUCUGGUGUGGGAAAAACCAGCUUCCUGUACCAAUACACAGAUGGCAAGUUUAACUCCAAGUUCAUCACCACAGUGGGGAUCGACUUCAGAGAAAAGAGAGUGGUCUACAAGUCCAGAGAUGCAGAUGGAUCUUCAGGGAGAGGACAGAAGAUCCACAUGCAGCUGUGGGACACAGCAGGACAGGAGAGGUUUCGGAGUUUGACGACUGCCUUCUUCAGAGAUGCCAUGGGUUUCCUUUUACUGUUCGACCUCACAAAUGAGCAGAGUUUCCUCAACGUCAGGAACUGGAUGAGUCAGUUACAGAUUCACGCGUACUGUGAGAAUCCAGACAUCGUGCUGUGUGGAAACAAAUGUGACCUCUCAGAUCAGAGAGCAGUCCGUGAAGAAGAGGCUCGUGAGCUGGCAGAGAAGUAUGGAGUCCCGUACUUUGAGACGAGUGCUGCAAACGGGGACAACGUGAAUCAGGCUGUGGACGUCCUGCUGGACCUCAUCAUGAAGAGGAUGGAGCGAUGUGUGGACAAGUCCUGGAUCCCCGACGGCACCGUCCGAACAAAUGGACCCCUCCACUCUGACCUGUCCGAGAACUCAGAGGGAAACAAGUGUGCGUGUUAGAACGAGUCAGUUCAGUGUUUACGUCCGUCCUCAGUGAUCCACUCACGACUGAUGUGUUCUGACUGUGACCACAUGUGUUCUGAUCUGUGACCACAUGUGUUCAGAUCUGUGACCACAUGUGUUCAGAUCUGUGACCACAUGUGUUCUGAUCUGUGACCACAUGUGUUCAGAUCUAUGACCACAUGUGUUCUGAUCUGUGACCACAUGUGUUCUGAUCUAUGACCACAUGUGUUCUGAUCUGUGACCACAUGUGUUCAGAUCUAUGACCACAUGUGUUCUGAUCUGUGACCACAUGUGUUCAGAUCUGUGACCACAUGUGUUCAGAUCUGUGACCACAUGUGUUCAGAUCUGUGACCACAUGUGUUCUGAUCUGUGACCACAUGUGUUCUGACUGUGACCACAUGUGUUCAGAUCUAUGACCACAUGUGUUCUGAUCUGUGACCACAUGUGUUCUGAUCUGUGACCACAUGUGUUCAGAUCUAUGACCACAUGUGUUCUGAUCUGUGACCACAUGUGUUCAGAUCUGCAUUCACAUACACACUCAGGUCUUCAGGUCUAUUUACAAGAACAAAGAGAACAAAUAGUGUGGAGGAGCCGAGUGAAUGGAUACACUACUCACUCUGCUGUAACAUGAAAUAAGAGAUUGUAUUGAUCAGUGUUUAUGUUGUGGUGGUAAGGUAUGGACCUGAGACACGUGGACCUCAGGACUUAUGAGGACUUAGGACGGGAUCACUCAGGACAGACAUUCACGUGUGUGUGUGUGUGUGUGUGUCACUAAGAGAGAGACUAUAUUAUGUUUCCAGUGUUAAUCCAAACAUGUCAUUCAUUUGUUUCCUGCUCAGUUUAAAUGAUGUUUCACAUUAAUCAGUUCAGAUUCCAGUGUCUUUGUAAAUCAGAUUGUUAUCAUUCCUUCUUUUCAUUAUUGUCGUUAUACAGUAGGUGUUUGUUUCCUUGUCUUGAGUUGCUGAUAUUUUCAGGUGUUAACGUGUGCUGACGUGCUGUAAACACACUCUUACUGCUCUCUGUGUGCUUAGUGUCGUUUCACAGGGACUAAAUCUCCUUUGUUUGACUUUGUGGAGCCAGAUAAAUAUUGACUGUGA